CUCGGGAUUAGACAUCAGUUGACAGCUGACAUCGGUCGGGUUACCAAGACAGGAAAAAUAACAUAAAAGAUGUCGAGAGCUGUAAUGAGAAUGACAGUCACUUUCUGCAUUGUAGCCAUUUUGCUGUGUCUGUUGGACUUCAGCGAGGCUAACUACAAAAACGCACCGAUGAAUGGAAUUAUGUUCGGAAAAAGGGGACCUACGGAUUAUGAUUCACGUAGCAAGACUUUCACUGCUUUGUGUGAGAUUGCUACCGAAGCUUGUCAGGCGUGGUUCCCGACACAAGAAAAUUAGAAUAUCUCGUAGAUUCGUAGAUGUCAACAACGGCGACUUGAAUAAACUUCAAACAAAAUUAUGAAAAUGAAUACAUUUUUGUCAAUUUUGUAUUAGUUGUAGCUGAAUGCUUUUUAGGACUAAAUUCUUUAAUUCUGAGUCUUUAUAAG